AUGCAGCCCUUUGGCAAGCCACGACAGGAGAAAGAAGAUGCAGAACUUCUAGCUCUUCGCCAUCUUCAUUCCCAGAUACGUGGACAAGCUGGAGAACAACCAGAGGAGAUCAAGAAGGCUCUUGCCGUCAUCGAGGCGAAUUCCCGAAAGGACGAUGCAAAGAGCUACAAACAACUGAUCUAUCUCUUGACUCAGGCUCGCAAAAAGCUCUCGGAUGUGGAGGAACAGUGGGAUUCUUUCCGUACACAAUGGACAGAAUACCUAGACAAUGCCACCAAAAUGUGGACAGCACACAUCGACUCUUUCGAAGAAGGCGAGCAGAAGUUCUCGGAGAAGAGAAGAGAAGCCGCGCUCUACCUGCAGUACAUCAGGACUCAGCUCCACGAUGUUCAUGUGAGAACCAUGUCCAUGGAAGGCACGGUACCCUCAGGGGAGCUGCAGGAGGGACAAACAGUGCUGGACGACACGAUGACAAUCAUGGAUGUCGAGGACACCAUUGCCCAGCCUCAGCUUUCACAGCUGAAGACAGAUCUGAAGGGCGUCGUCCAGAAAGUCAAAGACACUAUAGAGGAGAAAAUGAGCAAGAGACCGCUUGCAUCACGUGCUGGCGACGGAGACGAUGAGGCCAGUUUGACGUGCCAUUCAACUGCAGUCAACUGGAGAGGCAAGGGGCGACAUGAGCGACGGAAGCAAUUUCGUCGCAUGCCUGAUCAGGGAGAAGUUCCAAAUCUACCAGAUCCGCCUGAGCACACAGAAGCACAUCAACCAGGGAGUGCUGGCGCGCAAACGCCGAGUCAGCCCUUGCACAGUUUUCCUGCUUGGGUGCAAGAACUGUGGGCGCUCCUUCAAAGAGAAGGUGCCACGGAGCUCUUAGAAGAGGGCCCCAUCAUGUAUUUGGACUCCUUCUACAUCAGUCAUGUGAAUCAUCCACGGCAGACAUUGAAUCGACCUGUUCGCCUUGACCGACAUUAUGAGGAGUGGGGAGAGACCAUCAAGGACGUCUGGACAGACUUCUUUGACAGAAAUGUGGACUUCGAAGUCUUCUUGAUCCAACCAAAUCCUCCAACUCCGGUCACCAGAGGCACCAUUGCUAGUCUUCUCGUUGUUCAACACCCACAACGACAUCAUGUGGCGGCACUUACAUCAGCGCUCAUUGAUGACAUUGCCGGAUAUCGCAUUGAACAACUUGCGCACUCAUUUCGCGCUCGAGUGUCUCAUCAACAAGUUCUGAGACAAGCUGGGCUCUUACCUGAAUGCAUUGCGAUCCGACGUCAAGGACUUGACCCCUGCAUCAUUCGAGCAGGAGCACAUGCAUUUCCUCCAGAUCAAGAAAUACGACUUCAUGACGGCCUUGGUUUGACAAUUGAUGUCCCCAUGAUCAUCGAUGAGGCCCGUUGGCAGCGCUUUGUCAUGCCACGGCUACGGGAAAUCCAACAAGAUGGCCGACCUCCUGUAGAACCAGAUGCGACCAGCCUCAUGGCACGGAGACCACAAGCAAGACGCACCGACAGUAGCAUGUCAGUGUCAUCACGCACAUCCACAAGCUCUGACAGCUCCUCGUACUCUUCCGAGUCGCCAGUCAGCUGGAAACGUGCAGUUGUCUAUGCUUUGGAUGGUCAGACUCAUUCAGUUCUGCUGCCAUGGAGAGAAGGAGAAGAGCUAUACACGAGAAUUGCGGUAGCGUUUGGCAUACCCUCGAGCUCAAUCCUACAGCUACAUCAUGUUGGUUUUCGACCAGGAGAUCUUGAACAAAUGGAACUUCAAGCACUGCUCCUCCAACAACAUCAUGAAGUACGCCCAGCGCCGAAUCUGCAACUCAUCCUCUUGGACCUGGAGAUUCAUGAGGACAAUCCCAUUCUGCCAGGAAUCUUCCGCAGAAAAGCACACUGGGCACCGAAGAUCACAACCAUUGACACGCUGUUCCGAGUAUUGGGACUCACCUCUACAUAUCGACAGCAUGCUGAUGAGAGCCAUCUCUGGCUUAACAACAUCCGUAUCGAUCUGCAGAGGAACACACCACUCCACAUCGCUGACGGCGACUACGUUGAGAUUUUUAUCGGAGAUCUGGAAUGCCGGGACACACUUCGCAGUGCUAGCGAAGAGGAAGAUGAAACGCAGAUUCUUCUACAAGUACCCGCACACCAUGAUCACAAGAUUUCUGAUCAACAGCAACGACAUGUCUCCAGCUUGGACGCUUGUCGUUCAAAUGAACGCUUUCACAGAUAUGGCGUGAUCGAGUUCACCCUCAUUGGCCAUUGGAAGUAUUCCAUGUACAUCCUGAUCCACAACCAGCACCACACCUACGACAUGGAGGACACAUCAUCAUCCUUCAGCAUGGACAUCCUGGAGAAAAAGCGAUACUGCUCAGCAGUUACCAUGGCAGGCUACAUGACCGUUUUGCCCAAUUGGUCCCUGCACAGCUUGACUUCGACAGAUUUCUAUGGCUCCAGGAUCAUGAAAACUUGUGUGAUCAGACUCGAACCCAUUGUGAAGGUUUUCACGGCCGAGAAGCCAUACCGCAUCAUGCAGUUUGGCACUGUGAACACGGCCAACAUCUGGAACAAUGAGGUCUCCAGCCACAUUGUCAUCGUGCAACACCCACGACCUGACUGGGUGACAUCUGUGGUCACAGUACAGGAUGAGUUUGCGCAUGGCCCAGGUUCCUUGUCGCAAUGGGCUAUCACCACCCAUGAGCACAUCUUGCUGGACAACCUCCUACUCGUCCUUGGACGACUAGGACAAUGCACUGGAGCUCGACCACAGCUGAGAUGUCAAGCAUGGUACAACACAGAAAUCCUACGGCUUGGAAGACCAAUACCCGGCCGCAGUGGUUAUGGCAUCAUCAUUCAGCUGAGUCCGAUCACACAGCAGCCACAUGCCGCAGAAGCAGAGGGACCGGUUUUGCUUCAAUUGUCUGCCAUGCUUUCUCCGGCAGCUGAUCCGAUCGGGGCUUGUGAGCGCCUAACAACUGACGCGGUGGCUCACGGUCAGUGGCCACAAGCACCUGAAUAUUUCCCCACCAUUGGUGAACAACAACCGGCAGACUGGAAGAAUCCCAACGCUUCAGUUCUUGUCCAAGUACUACAUGAUGCAUCAUCUGAUCUCGCAGCGCAGAUCCCCACUGUGAUUGAACUCCCAGAGAUUUACACGGCGCAAGAUGCGGAAUCUGAAAUGGCACAAUGGGGCCUUCAAUGCAAAGUAUUUCUUUGUGGAGAACAUGACACAGUGUUUGCGCAUUUCUCACUCACUGACGCUGCUCAAUGGCACUAUGUAUACUGUGGACGAGACCUCACAGCCACUAAUGGUGUAAUUCUUCAGUCUUCACAGCGGCCAUUGACGGAGAUUGAACACAUGAAGUUUCUUUGCCACCAGGGAUUCAUCAAAGCGGUCUUGACGCAUGAAGAGCCCUGGAUGCCACAGAUCAGAUGCAUCCAUUUUGAGGAUGUCAGGCCACAACAGGAAUCCCGACUUCAACGACAUCGAAGCAGGACGCCAUGGCCAGCUCCGCAACCACAGCUGCCUAUUUGUGCACAACCAUUUCCAGACCUGCGGGAUCUUCCCCAGGCUACAUCCUGCAACCUGGCACUGGACGUCCAAGAAUUGAGACGCUUCCUUGCAGCCAAGCAAGAUUACUUGUGGACUGAUUACAGUGUCUUUGAACUCCCAGACUUUGUACGAGAAGCCUUAGAUGCGUGCCAACCUGUGGAGCACAUCGAUCGCUACAUCAUCUACACGGAUGGCUCGUCACAAACAAGACAUCGACAUCGCCCGCCACUAUGGGUCGCCGACAAAGACAUCAGUGACUCGUGGGCUUUUGCAGUCUUUGCUGAACAAUACGCCGAUGAGACAGGAAGACCAGGGAAACUCCAGUUUCUCGGAGUUCAAUGCCAAGUCGUCCUGUACGAGUCCCAAGCCUCCCACCACAUCGGCACCAACACCAUAGGGUCAGAUGCAUCUGAAACUGAAGGGAAUCAACAAAGACCUGCGCCAGAGAAGAGCAAAUCCGCCACAAUUCAACUCAGCGCCGCUUCGGCCAAUGUUCAGACAUUCUACAAGGGGCAGGACGGAUAUGCCAACAAGCUCACGUACGUGCGUGAACAAUUUGUUGCCCUUGGGCUCAACAUCAUGGGCCUGCAAGAAUGCAGGACGGAAGCAGGGGCGUCACAACAACAUGAUGUGCUACGCUUGGCAGGUGGCGAUGAUCAUGGUCGCUUCGGAGUUGAAAUCUGGAUCAACCUUGCACAGCCUUUCCUCCAACAAUGUGGGCAGCCACGCGGCUUUACCAGAGGUGACUUCGCCGUCAUUGCCCGAGAUCCACGCUACCUGCUAGUACAUGCCCAGAAUGCCUACAUUGAUCUCUGGCUGCUUGCAGCACAUGCUCCACAUAGUGGCGUAGAUGCGACCCAACGGGAAGAGUGGUGGCACAAGCUGUCCACGUUGAUCCACGCACAUGUGCAGACUGGCCAGCUCAUUGUGAUGAUAGAUGCCAAUGCAGCCACAGGUCCAAAGGACGGCUACCACAUCUUCAACUACGAUGACAAACAUACGGCGAACACUGAGCUCUUCAGUGAUCACCAUGCGACAGCCAUUCAGAUCGAAUGGCAAGAAGAUUGCAUCCAAGUCCCGCACAAGACCAGAUCUCAGCGACAUGAUCGAAGUAAGAUCCCUAUCAAAGAUCUUACCGAACAUCUACAACAACUUCACCAGCUGCCGUGGCACACGGACAUUGAGACGCAGGUGGAGCAUCUCAAUACACAACUGCUUGCCACCUUGAAGACUCACUGCCCCAUUGCCAAGAAGGAGCCCAAGAAAAGCUUCAUUACGCCUGACAUCUGGCAGUUGAGGUCUGAAAAGUUACACCACCAGCGCAAGCUCCGACAGCUGAAAUACCAGCUGACACAAGAGCUCUUGCACAGAUGCUUCGCAGCAUGGCGUGGCCACCUUGAUGAACCUGGACUUCAAGCAUCUGAGCAGUUUGCGCACACGCUACAGACGCAAGGAGUCCAUCGAGGCAUUCAAUUGUGGAGGACAAAUAAACAGCUCAAACAAGCCCUAGCCCAAGCCAAGCGCAGAGCUGUCAAGAAGGCAAUUGAGGCUCUACCCUCCGACAGUGCUGCAUCCCACAUCCUCAACUCCUUGAAACCGGUGAUCGGAUCCACGAACCUGAAAGCGAAAAGGGCUACACCUCUUCCACAAGUACUCCAUGAAGAUGGAUCCGUUUGUGAAGGACCAGUAGCUCUACGUGACAGAUGGAUCCAGUUCUUUGGAGCAAUGGAAGGGGGAGAGAGAACACCAAUGUCCCAAUUGCGUGAAGCGUGGAUACAACAACUACAACAUUUUAUGCAGACAGAACUCCAGUUGCAGGCUUCUGACAUCCCGACAUUAACUGACCUGGAGGCGGCAUUUCGCCGCGUGAAAGAUCACAAAGCUGUUGGGGAAGAUCAGAUUCCACCAGAGCUAUGCCAUCAUUUCCCUACCUCUUUGGCGAGACUGGCCUUCGGACAAUUACUGAAGCUAUGCUCUCACGGGCAAGAGGCACUGCUCCACAAGGGUGGAGUUUUAGUUGCAGCAUGGAAGAAAAAGGGACCCCAGAUCCUUUGUGAAUCGUAUCGCUCAUUAUUGAUCAGUUCGCACAUUGCGAAGUCUGUCCAUCGAGCGGUACGAGACCAUCAAUCAACAGUGUACGAGGCGUUCCUACAGUCAGCACAGAUUGGAGGAGGACACAUCCCAGAUUCCCUGCUCGCAACAGUAGCUGCCAGAUUACAUCUUCCUGAUGAUGCAUUGGCGGAUCUUCAAGCUCUACUCCAACUUCCUUCGGGCACCAGUCUGGCGGGACUUCCUCGACAUAUGCGCCGAGCAUUACAAGCCCUGCACACGAACACACACUUCCGCAUGGAGGGCCAAGAAGAUCGAGUUCACACUCUCAUCGGCAGUCGCCCUGGCGACCCAUUUGCUGAUGUGGUGUUUGGAUACAUGUUUUCCAGAAUACUCACCACUGUGGAAACGAGACUGGCAGAGCUGGGCAUCCUGGAAACAUUCAUCGAUGUGGAACAACAUGGUCUCUUUGUCCACGACAACACGGCGGACAUGAAGGAACACACCCUGCUCGGUCCCACGUGGAUGGACGACCUCUGCCUGACAAUAUCUCAUCCUACAGCCACUGGAGUCGAAAGCCAAGCAGGGGUUGCAGCCAGCGUACUAUUGGAGACGUGCACUGCGCACGGAGUCACCCCGAACCUCGACAAAGGCAAAAGCGAAAUCCUUUUCACAUUUCGAGGAGCUGGCUCUCGCAAGUUGCGCAUCAAAUACUUCAGUGCACAAUGUGGACAGAAGAUGCCCAUCACCCAUGAGUAUGGCACGCAACAAAUCUCUGUGGUGGGGCAAUACACGCACUUGGGAAGCAUCGCUCAUCACACAGGCCUGACACAUCGAGAAAUUCGACGGCGCAUUGCCAUCGGCAAUGGGGCCUUUGCAGCACACCGCCGCAUUCUCUUCCAAAACCCAGCGUUCAGCAAGCAACGCAGAGCAGAGCUGUUUCAAUCACUUGUUACCAGCAAGAUUGCCUACAGCAUGGAAUCAUGGACGUUCAGUGAUCACAAGACGUUUGACUAUUUUUGGGCAGCACUUCUUCGUCUGUAUCGCCGCCUGCUCAAGCUGCAGCCUGAUACGAUCAUGCAUGAUGAGGAGGUCUUGAUGAACACAAAGCUGCCCGCACCUGAUGACAUGCUUCGGAUAGCAAGGCUCCGAUACAUCGGGCUCCUGUACAAGUGCGAGAACGUCACACCUUGGGCAAUCUUUCGUGCUGAUCAUACAUGGCUCUCGCUCGUCAAAGAUGAUUUUCAAUGGCUCUGGGGCCUGAUUGCAGAUACGUGUCGACUCCGUGAUCCAGCUCAACAUUUUGAGGAUUGGGAGUAUGUGCUCCGCUACCAUCGCAGCUAUUGGAAGACGCUUCUACAACGUGGAGCCCUUCUACGACGCAUGAAGCGAGAUGAUGACCUCCAACUCCGGCAUUUACACCAGGACGUUUUGUCCCAUCUUUCGCAGCAUGGACAACUACAAACUGCACCUGUUAGAGCCCAUUUGGACUUACAGCAACAACAGAUGCAUUUUGGUUGCAUGCACUGUGCAAAACGCUGCCGUACAAAAGCAGGAGAGGGAGCACAUCUCUUCAAAGUCCAUGGCGUCAUUGCCCUUGAGCGCCAAUGGAUCGCAGGCACCACUUGUGAAGCCUGCCUAUGUGAAUUCCAUAGCCACGACAAAUUACAAAAUCACCUGCGAACUGCACAACGCUGUCGAGAGGUUGACCUGCACCAUCAGGCGCUCUUUGAGGCCUUGGUACUGCAGAUCUAUGAGACUGAAGAGACCGACCUUAUCAAGUUGUUUGCAGCCACGCAGAACACCAUCCAGGCGCACUACAUUGGCUGGUCACAAACGCGACUCACGCUCAAUGAAGUCGCCCGAAGCUUUGAUGAGGAGGCGAUCAUGGACACACACCUCACCCGGGCGCAGAUUCAACGACUCCUGGCAGAUCUUAGCGACGCCACCAAUUGGGCGUUUCUCCAGGAAGUCGAGAGCGAAGCAGCUGACCCAUCUCAUCUUUAUCCUUUGGCCCUCUAUGAACAGUGGUGCAACGAUUUGGCAGGUUUGGAAAGUGCAUGGAGCCCUUCCACGCCCACUUGUCCUCGCAUCUUUUACCGAGAGCGUGUGCUCUUACACGCAUACUCAGGGAGAAGGCGGCCAGGCGAUUUCCAGUGGUUUGUGGAUAAGCUCGCACUGGCCAACGGCAUGGAGGGCAUCAUGGUUGUAUCAGUCGACUUGGUGAUCGACACUACCUGGGGCGACAUUAGCCGCGCAGCCACACAGCAGUAUUGGCUCAACGCCAUGAGCGAUGGCUACGUCGUUGGGAUGCUCAGCGGACCCCCUUGCUGCACGUGGAGCAUUGCGCGCGGCAAAGCGGUUCCUACGACAACAACGAAAGGACCUCGAGGCCCACGGGUCAUUCGUACCCGGCAGCACCUCUGGGGUCUGGCCUCAGUAUCCAUCAGGGAAAUGACGCAGCUACAUGAUGGCCACGUCCUUCUGGGAUUCAGCCUCCAAGGCAUGGUCCGCCUCUCCACCUCGGGUGGUAUCGGCGUCUUGGAACAUCCUGGGGAGCCGGAACAAGUGGAUGCCGCCAGCAUCUGGCGUUUGCCUUUGAUGCAGCUGAUCCUGAACUUGCCCGGCUUUCAGCUGCGUGAAUGUGCACAAGGUCUCCUUGGGGCCGCAAGUACGAAGAGGACCGGACUGCUGACAUUGAACCUUCCUGACCUUCCACAACACAUUCGCGCCAAUCUCAUCCGACCUGAUUUGCCAAGGGCAGCUACGAUCGGCGUUGAUGCAGAGGGAAGAUUCAGAACAGCGGUCCUCAAAGAGUACCCACCGGCUUUUUGCCGGGGACUUGCACAAAGUUUCCUCUCACAUCUCCCAUCAGUGGACCAUCUGAUGGACCUGGGUCAAAUACCGGCAAUUUUCCUCGAGCGCUGUCGCAGCAUGACUAGCACAGACAUGGGUCAUGCGAUAGGCGCCGAUUGUGCCCGGUAA